AUGAAUAGGCUCGACAUUAAAGAAAAAUUGAUUGCUCGCUCGGAGCAUCGAGUCAAGUCUGUGGAUCUUCAUCCGACUGAACCAUGGCUCCUCUCUUCCUAUUACAAUGGAAAUGUUACCAUUCAUGAUAUUACUACUAAACAAAUUAUUAAGAGUUUUGAUGUUACCGACUUACCUGUUCGUUGUGCCAAAUUCAUUCCACGUAAAAGAUGGAUUGUCUGUGGUAGUGAUGAUCAUGCCAUUCGUGUCUUUAAUUACAAUACUAUGGAAAAGGAACGUGAAUUUGAAGCUCAUGAUGAUUAUAUUCGAUCCAUUGCAGUACAUCCCACAAAGCCUUACAUUCUCACUUGUUCCGAUGAUAUGAGUAUUCGAUUGUGGGAUUGGGAAGACAAGUGGAGAUGUGUUCGAAAAUUUGAAGGACACACUCACUAUGUGAUGCAUGUAGUCUUUAAUCCCAAAGAUCCAAAUGUAUUUGCAUCCUGUUCAUUGGAUGGAUUGGUGAGAAUGUGGAAUAUUCACACCGAACAACCUAAUUUUACUCUUCAAGGACAUGAGAAGGGUAUUAACUACAUUGAUUUCUAUCAUGGUGUGGAUAAACCAUUCUUAAUUAGUGCAAGUGAUGAUAUGGUUGCAAAAGUUUGGGAUUAUCAAACCAAACAUUGUGUUCAAGCAUUGGAUUCACAUGCUCACAAUGUCACUACAUGUUGUUUUCAUCCAAAAUUACCAAUUAUUAUCACUGCUAGUGAAGAUUUUACAGUGAAUAUUUACAAUUCUCAAACAUUUAAAUUAAUCAAGACUUUGAAUUACAAUUUGGAACGUGUGUGGGGUAUGGCUUAUACUCUUGAAGAUUCAAGAUUGGCAUUGGCAUGUGAUUUGGGUAGUGUGGUAUUGAGAUUGAGUAAAGAUACACCUGUGGUUGCUAUGGAUAAGAAGGGUAAAGUGACAUUGGCAUUGAAUAAUGAAGUUCAACAAAUGACCAUCAAGGAACCUGUUGUAUUGUCAAUGACAUCAAGUUCUGGUACCUCUACUAGUGAAUAUGGUCACAUUACUACCAAUACUACUACUACCAGUACUACCACUCCACUCUCUUCAGGUGAACGUCUCACCAACAUUCCUACCAAAGAUAUGGGUUGCAUUGACAUUUAUCCUGAAAGUAUGGAAUAUGAUCCAAAAGGACAUUUCAUUAGUGCUGUGGGUGGUGGUGAUUAUGUGAUUUAUGCUGCUGUAUCCAUGCGUUCUAAAACCUAUGGAAAUGGUGAAGAAUUGGUUUGGAGUUCAGUAACCUCAGGUUGCUAUGCAGUGAGAUGUAAAAAUAAUGAAAUUAAGAUCUACAAGGACUUUAAAGAACACAAAGUAUUCAAACCAUUCUUUACUCCUAAACAAAUAUUUGGUGGACAAUUAUUAGGAAUUUCAUCCAAAGAUUUUAUUUGUUUCUAUGAUUGGGAUUCAUGUCAAAUGAUUAGAAAUAUUGGAGUAUCACCACGUAAAGUCUAUUGGAGUGAUGAGAGUGCUAACAGUUCUUCAGUUCUAUUAGCCACUGAGAAUGAGUUUUAUAUUUUGAGAUAUGAUGCUCUCUUGGUUAAGAAUUCUUUAAAGAAUAAGACUCAAGAAGAAGAUUCACAAAUUGAAGAUUCACUCAUUUUAGAAUACAAUGUUGAUGAAAAGAUUCGUGAAGGUCAAUGGGUCGGUGAAACAUUUAUUUAUACCAACAAUGAUGCUCGAUUGAAUUAUGUGAUUGGUGGACAAGUGACUACCAUUACUCAUUUAGAAAAUUCUAAACACUUCUUUUUAGGUUAUGUUGCAAAGCACAAUAGAAUUUAUAUUAUGGAUAAGGAUCGUAAUAUUCUCUCAUUUAGAUUAUUUAUUCAAGUCUUACAAUAUGAGAGUGCUAUUUUAAGAGGUGAUUUAGAAAGUGCAUCUCUAUUGUUACCUCAAAUUCCACAAGAAGAAUACAAUCGAUUAGCUAAAUUCUUAGAUGCACAAGGUUAUAAGGAAUUAGCUUUACAAGUCACACGUGAUGAUGAACAUCGAUUUGAAAUUGCUCUUCAACUCAAUGAUUUAAAUAAUGCCUAUGAGAUUAUUAAGGUGAGCAAGUCUGCAUUGGAAACCAAAUGGAAACAAUUAGGACAAUUAGCACUCUCUCAGAGUAACAUUCAAUUAGCACAGGAAUGUUUCACUCAUGGUAAUGAUUAUGGUGGAUUGUUGUUAUUGUACACAAGUACAGGUGAUCGUGAAGGAAUGAAGAAAUUGGCUGAAUUGUGUCUUUCUAACAAACAUCAUGUAGGAUAUAACAAUAUUGCAUUCAUGUGUUUCUAUUUGUUAGGAUUGGUAGAUCAGUGUAUUGAUUUGUUGAUUGAGACUGGUCGUGUACCUGAAGCAGCUCUCUUUGCUCGAACUUUUGCACCUUCUCAAGUCUCUCGAGUGGUUCAAUUGUGGAGAAGUGAUUUGAUGGGUAUUACGAGUGCUAAUAUUACUGGUAGUGGUAAUACUGGUCAUGGUACUCCAAUUACGACUGGAUCCAGUCAGACUGAAAGUUCAUCCUAUAAGAGAAGUGAAUUGAGUUCACAACGAUUGAAAUCCAUUGCAGAGUCAUUGGCUGAUCCAACUGAUUAUUCCAAUCUAUUCCCCAAUUUUGAAGAUUCACUUGAAAUUGAAAAGUAUUUGAGAGAGAAUUAUUAUCACAAAUUGGAACAGAAUGAAUUUGAUUCUACCAUGUAUUCACAAGUGAAACAAACCAUGUUUGGAUCUGAUGGAAAUGGUGUGAAUUGGAUUGAACAAUACAAACAAGGAGGUGGUGGAUUUAACAUUGCAUUACCAACUACUAUGAAUAAUAAGGAACAUGAUGAUUAA